AUGAGUGAUGCUGUGACAUUUGUUACAGGAGCUUCAGGUGAACAGUUCCAUGUGAACCAAGCUGAGAGCUCUGUGUCAGUCAAGGCUGGAAAUGAUGUUCAGACAUCCAGUCUGGAACAAGGUGGAUGCAGCCUCUUGCCAGCCCCUCUGGGCAGCAUGGCUGGGAAUGUCAAGUGUGAAGAUAACUGUCAUCUGCCUGGGGUGCAGACAGUGACCAGCGUCCACCCUUGUGUAGACACCUACCAUGUGACCAGCAGUGUUCUCAUCCUGCUGAAGGCUGACGAUGUGCACUCCCUUGUCCUCUGCCAAACCAAGGACAGAUCCAUACUCUUUUCCCACAAAACCAUCAGACUGGGCCACUACCUGCAUGGUCCAGAGAUGCCCGCCCUUAUCUUUGUGGCUUUCCUCCUGGCCUUCCAAGUGCUGCUGGUGAUCUGUUUCAUAGUCACCUAUUUCCACAGGUGGUGGAACUUGGAGCAGGCUUUCAACUCUCAUACAUUAUUUAGUGCCCUGGAACUUGAAGUUUGUACAGUUACAUUCAUUCGGACCCUGGAGGUGAAGGUCCAAAACACAGAAGUUCAGGUUCUCCCCAAGACACACAUUUGGACAGAGCAGGCUCCUCUGGCCUCCACGAUGCCCAUCCCUGCCUCCUGGUUCCACCUUCCUCCUCUUUGCCUGCAGUUGACUCUACUGCUUGGACUCACAGGAGUGGCAGGUGAGGACGAGCUGCAAGUGAUUCAGCCUGAGAGGUCAGUGUCAGUUGCAGCAGGAGAGACGGCCACGCUGCGCUGCACCAUUACCUCCCUGCUCCCCGUGGGGCCCGUCGCGUGGUUCAGGGGAACUGGGCCAGGACGGGAGUUAAUCUACAGUCAACAAGGAGGCCUCUUCCCCCGAGCAGCAACUGUUUCAGAUACUACAAGGAGAAACAACACGGACUUUUCCAUCCGCAUCAGUAACAUCACCCCAGCAGACACUGGUGUUUACUACUGUGUGAAGUUCAAGAAAGGAGACCCUAACGACACGGAGGUUAAGUCCGGACCAGGCACUCAUCUCACUGUGAGUGCCAAGCCUUCUCCUCCCGUGGUAUCAGGCCCUGCCGUGAGGGCCUCACCUGAGCAGACAGUGAGCUUCACCUGCACAUCCCACGGCUUCUCCCCCAGAAACAUCUCCCUGAAAUGGUUCAAAAAUGGCAAUGAGCUCUCCGCCUCCCAGACCAACGUGGACCCAGAGGGAGACAGCGUUUCCUACAGCAUCUCCAGCACAACCAGGGUGCUGCUGGCCCCGGGGGAUGUCCACUCCCAGGUCAUCUGCGAGGUGGCCCACGUCACCCUGCAGGGGGGCCCUCCUCUCCGUGGGACUGCCAAGCUGUCUGAGACCAUUCGAGUUCCACCCACCUUGGAGGUUACCCAACACCCCACAGCGGGGAACCAAGUGAACAUCUCCUGCCACGUGAACAAGUUCUACCCUCAGCGCCUACUGCUGACUUGGACCGAGAACGGAAAAGUGUCCCAAACAGAAACAGCCUCGACCCUCAUAGAGAACAAGGACGGGACCUUUAACCGGACGAGCUGGCUCCUGGUGACCUCAUCUGCCCACAGGGAGGCCGUGCUGCUCACCUGCCAGGUGGAGCAUGACGGGCAGCCGGUGGUCACCAAAAACUAUACCCUGGACCACUCUGCUCCCCAGAAGGAACAGGGCACCACCAAUAAACCCCCUGAACUGUCUUCUCCUCUCCUGGCAGCUCUCCUCCUAGGCCCCAAGGUUGUGCUGCUGGUCGGUGUCUCUGUCAUCUGUGUCCACAGGAAGCAUUGGGCCUGA